UGUUCAUUUUACCGGGCCCAUACCUUAGUAGGCCCAAAUCUGGAUUUCUAUUUUAACUAUGCAAAACGCUAAAUCCAAACAAGCCCUAAUUAAUUCUGUCUUCAGAAAUAGCGAUUGAAAUUCAAUUUUUUGAGUCGAGAAUUGCUGACAUUGUUCGAUCGCCGGCGAGUUUUCCUUCUCCAGCUGAUUCUUCUCCGUUGUUUCGCCGGCGCAACGGAGGUGUGUUGACUUGUUAUGGAUGCUAGGUGUAAUCUUUGUUAAGAGCAGCAAUUUGGUUUACGAAAUGGAGCAAGAAGUGGUGGAAGCAGAAAUGGUGUUGCCGUCUCACAUGAAGUUUAAGAAGAUUCAAAUGUACGAAAAGUAUCCGAAAGGACAACCCAGGUUCAGGUGGAAGCAUCUCAAGCAGAUUAUUCCAGCUGAGAAUUACCCAAAUUACCCUCCCGACGAACCCAAUUAUGUUAACAUUGAAACGCCACCAUCUACGCGACCAUGCAAAAGAAUCUGUGAUGUAACUGGAUACGAGGCACCGUACUUUGAUCCAAGAACGAAGCUCCGUUAUGCGAAUACAGAGGUGUUCAAGGUCAUAAGAUCUCUUCCUAAUGAUUAUGUUCAGCGUUACUUAGCUCUAAGAAAUGCUGCAGUUGUUUUGAGGUAGCUCGACGAGUAGAUUUCUCUGGUUGUAUCUAUUUUUCGGUCGAUGUUAAGUCUGUCUUGUUUAUGAACGAAGAAUCCCGUGUUUUGGUUUGCUUAUUAUGUUAUUACUGAUAAUCAGAAAAUGUAGUUGGUGCUUAAUUGAAAUAAAUAAACAAUGUUGUUAUAUUCUAAUCUUUUGUAUUUUUUGAA